GGUCGCUGCCCUUGUCUGUCCCCGGUCUUGGUGCGGGAGCGGGCGGCGUCGCGGCCUGAGCCGGGCGAGGGGCGUCGCUGCGGGUCCUGCAAGCGGAGUGAAACUUGAUGGAAAAUGUCCAGAAAGUUUAAAAUUUGCACAAAGAAAUAAGCCUGACAGAAACAGGGACACAUUAUUUUCUUAUAGAGGAAUAUACACAAAGAUAAAUCAAGAUGCUUCUGAGUGAGCAAGAUCAAUUCUUGUCCUACAAUGGUGAAGUCCUUGUAUUUCAAUUGUCAAAACCAAAGCAAGCAGAGGAAGCAGGUGAUAAAACGGUGAAUUUGUGUGUCAGAAGGAUGGCUUUCAAUAGAGACACUAAGCUGUUUGUUCAGAAGUCUUCUGGAGCAUUCAGCAUGGGAGCCAGUCACUCAAAAAUUGAAAUGAUUUGUUGUAGCUGCACAACAGAUUCCAGAACAGGGAUUAUUCUUCCCUGCAUUUUGAUGAAGAAGAAAAAACGAAACAGUGUCAAAUACUUUUUGUUGUUGCUUCACAGUUCAAACGAAUUUGAGCCGUCCUUUUAUUUUAAAUUGGAUUAUGAGCUGAAAGAAGACAUCAGGUUGUUUGCUGGCCCAUCACUGUUGUGGAGACAUGCCAACAAGCUCUUCUACAUCUCUUCCAAUACCUGCGUGGUUCAAAGUGCUCCUGUUCAUCUUUCUUGUGUGGUGUGGACAGGUGAAAUUGUAGGUGAAGGCACUGUUGUCUUAGGGAUAAGAACUGCUUGCCUGCCAGAGGCUGGAGACCCAGAUGGGUUUUCUGUUUCAGACAGAGCUGUCUGGGGCAGUGAGUUCUUCGGAUACGCAAUCCAAUCACAGAAGUUUCUGAGUGGCGCGUGCUUCAUGCCUCAUGCCUACAGCAGAGUGGUGUCUUCUGUCCACGUCUGCAGGAGUGAGAGAUGGAGAAAACAGCUCCGACUAUCACUUGUUGCCGUAACCCACAAGAACCAGCUUAUUUGGUUCCAAAAUGGUGCCCCUAAAGGUGUUUGUGAGCUUCCCUACCAAAAGCCAUGUUCAGUAAAAACGGCUCUAACCAGCAGCAGGGAUUUGCUGUUUGCUGUGUCUUUUGCCUCUGGAAAUAGCUGUGUCGUACGGAGGAGAGACAGCUUACAGGUGGCUUCCAAAUGGCAAAAAGUGAAGUGUGUUCUGGUGGAUGAUUUUAUUGGCUCUGGAAGUGAGCAGCUGUUACUGCUUUUUAAGGAUGACUCCAAUACAGACGUGUUAAGUACAUUCAAAAUAACAGAUCUUGGGGAGGUCAACUAUGCAAGUGGUAUCAAUUAUAAACAUGAUGUUCCUGCUGCAGAAGGAUUGCAAGAGAAUGGUUUGCUUACUGUCCGAGCCCUUGAAACAAGAUUACAGGCUGGUUGUACAUCUGUUCGAGAGCUGCAGCAGCAUUUAGGACUCCAAAGGAGGGUUAUUCUUGAGUCUUGCAGAGCAUUAAUAGAUCUUGUUGAAGAAAGAACCCAUAUUCUUCCAAACUCAAAAGAGGAAGGCCUUGUCUCUCUCUGGGAUGAUGUAGAAAAUCCUCCUGAUUCUCUUAGUAAAGAGACAUCAUCGGCGUCUGAAGUCCCAGAGCACUUCACAGGGGAAUUGUGGCAGCGUGUUGUGGGUGACAGCCUGGUAGUUGGAGUAAAACUAACUGAAGCAUUUUAUUUGUCACUGAGUGAUGUCAGUUUAUCUCUAGUGAUGGAUCAAGACUUCUCUUCGAUUUCUCCAAUUAUCAAGUGUCAAAGUAAAAUCAUUAAGCUGAACAAAGCCUUCUCAGCAUUGGCAGUCUCCUCAAGUCAAAUUGAACCUCCUCCAAAAAAGAUGAAAUUGGACUUGCAUAGCAAGAAUGAUCUGAAAAAAGAAUUUCCUAAGAGGUCUUCAAGGAUUCAGCUGGAUGGAGCAAAGACAGUCACUGCUGUCACCAGCCUUUCACCACUACUGGCAUUUCAUCGUGUGUGCUGUGUAGUUCUUCUGCAUGCCAGGAAGCAAAAUGAUCAGAAUGAUGGUUUACAGCAGAGCAAAAAGAUUACUGUACUCUGUGGGAAAAUUUUGUUAAGUCUGGAAGAUAUUUCAAAUGGCAGAUAUUCAGUAAAGAUGCUAAGGGAUAAUAGUUACUGUACAGGUUCCAUGGAAGAUAUACUUGCUGUCCUUGCAGUGUCUGUCAGAUUCUCCUUUCAGAUUGUGUCUUGUGACUGCACAUUGACUCCAGUGAGUUCAUGGUUACUGGGAGAAAUGGAGUGCACACCAUUUAAGGAAUGCCAGGACAACAUAUUCUGUCAUAAAGCUGGAAAUGUCCAUGGUACAAUUUUUAAUUGGGCCCUGAAAAAUCCAUUUGAAGGAGUUCUAACAAUAUUUUGCAGAAAUCUGACUGUCUUGUUCCAGUGCCUUCACUGCCUUACUAGAGUUCUCCCUCCAAGCUGCAGUGUAAAACUCGUGAGAUCUGGAAGCAAAGCAGUGCUUACUGAAAAGUUAGCACUGGCUCUGGAAAAGGAAAUGCUCACCUUGAAGAAUUCUCUUUUCUUAAAAGAAACUAAAGCUGGAAACUGCUUGAUAUGGGGGAAUGAGCCUGGCAAGAAAAUCAGUAAUGCUUCUCUGGCUUCUUUACUGGACACUGAGGAAGGAGUCCUGAAAUUCAGAAAGAAGCUUCAGAAAGAGAGGGAAGAGAGUGUGCAAAGUAUGAACCAAACACUGAAUGGUGCCCUGUACCAGAAAACUGCUUUGAAAAUAGCAGAAGCUCAACUCAGUUCAGAUAUGAUUGUGUGGAGACUGGCCAAGUCCUAGAAACUAUUGACUAAAUUUAUUUUGAAAAAAAAUUUAUUAAAGUUAUACCAUUAAAUAAUAUUUCUAUUUUCAUGGGUACUUAUACUGCUUUGUAUUCUAUAGCAUU